AUCGCUGGCUCCGAUCGUUUUUGAUACCUGAUCCCAGUGGCAAAAUCUACAAUGGCAGUCCAAAAAGACAUUGAUCUCAACAAGCCGCUCGAUGCAUCCAACCGUCCGCUGUUGAGCAAGACUCAACUUACUCCCGAGUUGAGUCAGGCAUCCCUCAACCUCCAUGGUGAUUUCUACCGUCAGUUGCAGUCCAAGAUGAACAGACACAUUUUCUGGCACCCAGUCUCGUGUUUCUACCUUUUCGGGAUCAUGACUGCGGCAUCCAUCUACAGAAUGUGGGACUACAUUGUCAUUUCCGACUCAGUGGUGGAGUUCUUCUCGUUCUUCUUCAAGUCUAGAGAUUUCCUUUUCCAGCUUACCACCAUCUUCCCAGUGUUGAUCGUGGUGGUAGGUUCUUUGGGGUUGGUCUGCUACAUGUCCAGUGACGACUUGAAGACCGUGACCGACAGAUUGACCAGAAUCAGUUACGUCGAAAAGUUGUAUGGGUUCAACCUUCGUGAGUUUGCCAAAAUCUCCGAUUCUGAGGCUGCCAUCAAAUUGUCUUCCAGCAACGUCAAAUUGUUGAAAAACGGAGCCAACUCCUUAUUGAUGGUUUACCGUGAGUCUCCUAUUGCUAUCGUCACCUUGUCACCUUUGAUCGAGCAAUCUACCCCAGAAAAAUUCAUUGUUGAAAUCACCGGUUUACACGUUAGAAAGGUGUUUGGUAAGGUUGACUUUGAUGCCCUUUUGCUUGACUGGGCCAUCUUGAGAUCAAGACAAAUCUACCAGGACUACGUUGACGCAAAGAACAUCAGGAACAUUGAUGGUAACAAUAUCAGACUCUACAUCAAUGGCUACACUUUUGACCAAGGCUUGACUAAGUUGUUGAAAUCUAAGAAUUUCAUUGCAGCCCAAGAAACUUUUGAACUCAAUCCAUUUGAACCUCUCAAUGUCAACUUUUUGCAAAAAGCUAUUCAAAAGGUUUUCGACAUCAAGAGAAUCACCUAUGGCUUGAAUAUCAUAACCAAAAAUGGUGAUAAAGAUGUCCUUUUGAAUGUUGCACGGGAAUCUGGUUUUGUUAACACCGAACCUGUCAAAGAAGCUUCAACUUCUUCCAACAAAAAUUUAAGAAAAAGAAAGUAAUUCAAAAUAAAACUCUAUCUAAUGUAUCAAUAGCUGGCUGCUUUGUGAAUAACUGCAGGUAUUAUAGAGACUAAUAAUUAAUGUAUCAUAGGAG